AUGUCGGAGAAGAAAGGAAUUCUGUCAAGUGGUGGUGCCACUCAUAAAGCUCAUGUAAAAAUAAUUGCAGAAGAAAGAGUUGAAAAUUUAUCACCGACAUCACCACCACCAUCACCUUCAUCGAUAACAGCUCCAAAAGUAAAUUUUGGUGCAAAAGAUGAAAUUGAAUUGUUACGAGAAGGUGCGAAAAAUAUUCAUGGCCAACAGAUAAGGAAGGUUUAA